ACAAUUAUGCUACCAGCUUAGUCAAAGAACACGUUUUAUUGUUGUUCCAAAAUGUAAAUAUUUGAGGAAUAAGUAUCGCUGCCGAUUUAUAUCAGCCGUUGCUGUCCACGUUAGCUUGAAGUGUCCUAGCUUUUUCUAAAACGCAGUCCUUAUUACUUGGUUGCAAAUCAAAACAAUGACUUCGGCCUCUACAAAGGUCGGCGAGAUCUUUUCUGCAGCUGGAGCUGCUUUCACAAAGUUGGGAGAGCUGACCAUGCAGCUGCAUCCAGUAGCAGAUACUACUCCAGCAGGGGCCCAAAUGACAACAGCAGUCAAGAGGAAGUUGUAUGAUGACAGUGGAGCCCCUCUAUCCACCAAUUCACCAAAGAAGAGCACCAAAAAGGUGCCGGUUUCAAUGGCUCCACCAGCCCCACCAAAAGUCAUUGCUGUGCCAACAUCUCAAGUUGUUGUGACUGCAGGCUUACAGCGGGCAAGCACAGGUCCAUCUAGCAUUAAGUCAUCAAAAACGGCAGACGUCACUCUCAGUGCACUGAAUGACUCUGAUGCCAACAGUGAUUUGGUAGAUAUUGAAGGCUUGGGUGAUAGUUCAUCAUCUAAAAAGCUUAAUUUUGACCAAGAUAGUCUAAACCUUGACUCAAGUCUCAUCAUGAAUUCCAGUGACUUGCCGUUGUUAUCCCGUUGAAAUCAUCUGCAACAUACAAUCCGAAAAAGAAGCUUAUCAUGUCACUUCAAGAAAUCUGUUUUUUUAUGGAGGAAGAACUUUUUAAAGCGAAAGACUCAUUAAAAAUAGUGAAUUGUGAAGGUAUGGAUGGAUGUCUCAUCAAUGUAGCACAAAGUUUUUAAAGCUAGCAAACAUCGCUAAAUACAUAUUGCUAUGCUGGGUCCAAAAUGUCGGAUUUUAAAAUAUGUUACUGUAAAACAAUUACUGUGUAUAUAUUUUACAAUCAUUACUCAUUAAUCAAUUAUGUCCAGUACUUUGUUUUUGGGGAAAAUGUGGAAAGUGUAGGGAAAAGAUUUUACAUUUUUGUUGAGUAUAUAAAAGCUUUGUUUGGUAAACUGUUAAAAAUGCACACAAUCUCUUUCAUGUUUUCCUAAGUGAAUAAAAAAUUUUGUAAUACCUUG